UCGUGUUAGUAGCGUCACUGCGCUUGCGCGACACUUUUACGAGCAUGAUGGCGGCAAGUAACGGCGGCGGAAUGGAAGUUGACGCGACAGUGAGUCCCAGUGUGAUGGCGUCAGGUGUCACAGGAAGUGUGUCGGUGGCGUUACAUCCGCUCGUCAUCCUCAAUAUCUCAGAUCACUGGAUCAGAAUCCGCUCACAGGAGGGACGAGCCAUGCAGGUUGUAGGAGCUCUUAUUGGAAAGCAGGAGGGCAGAAACAUCGAGGUGAUGAAUUCAUUUGAGCUGCUGUUUCACACUGCAGAAGAUCAGAUUCACAUUGAUAAAGAGUAUUACUACAUUAAAGAAGAGCAGUUCAAGCAGGUUUUUAAAGAAAUGGAGUUUUUAGGCUGGUACACGACUGGUGGUGCUCCUGACCAAUCAGAUAUCCACAUUCAUAAGCAGGUGUGUGAAAUCAUCGAGAGUCCACUGUUCCUCAAACUAAACCCCAUGACCAAACACACUGAUUUACCGGUCAGUGUGUUUGAGUCUGUGAUUGACAUCAUCAGCGGAGAGGCGACCAUGCUGUUUGCUGAGUUACCGUAUACGUUAGCAACAGAAGAGGCAGAACGCAUUGGAGUCGAUCAUGUUGCACGAAUGACGACCACCGGAACAGGAGAAAACUCCACAGUGGCGGAGCAUCUGAUCGCUCAGCACAGCGCUAUAAAGAUGCUGCACAGCCGUGUGAAGAUCAUUCUGGAGUACGUCAAAGCCGUUCAGUCCGGUGAGGUUCCCUUUAAUCAUGAGAUCCUGCGAGAGGCAAAUGCGUUGUGUCAUCGCCUGCCUGUUCUCAACACAAUCAAAUUCAAGACGGACUUUUAUGAUCAAUGUAAUGACGUGGGGUUGAUGGCGUAUUUGGGCACAAUCACCAAAACAUGCAACAGCAUGAAUCAGUUCAUCAACAAAUUCAACGUCUUGUAUGACAGACAAGGCAUCGGUCGGCGCAUGAGAGGACUGUUCUUCUGAAACACACGCUGGUUCAAUGUUACACGGCAGCAGUUUAUUUCAUCAAUCUCACAUCAGAUUCUGAGUUCGAGUUAAUAAACAUGGUUUCUUUUUUGUGA